AUGGAAUUUGAGUCCGGAAACGCUUUGUUAGUGAAGGUAUCAGAAUAAAAUGGAAGACAUUGAAAUUAAAAUUACCUAAUUUCAGGGAAAGUUUGGUGAUGCUCUCCCACAUUAUCACAAGGCAAUCGAGCUCGAUCCGUCUAAUUAUCAGGCCAUUUACCGACGAGCGACGGCCUAUUUGGCCCUCGGACGACCGAAACCGGGACUCGCCGAUCUGGACUCUGUCCUCGAACAGAAACCCGAUUUCACGGGCGCCAGACAACAAAGAGCGAAUGUACUGUUCAAAUUGGGGCAAUUGGAGGAGGCAGCGGUUGAUUUUCAAUACUUGGUAAGGUCGAAUGAACUGAGAAUAGACGUUGAGAGAGAUAGCUAUCAGAUCGAUAAUUCAUCUUCGAACACGGACGCCACGGAACAACUUAAAACUGUCGAACGUCAUCAGAGAGAUAUGGACAUUCUCAGGCAUUCGGCGGCCAGUGGGAACUGCGAGGCCGUCGAAGCGAUGGCAACGGAACUCAUGGAGUUGCAGUCGUGGGACGCUUCUUUGUACCGAUACCGGGCAAAGUGCUACGAAAAGGGAAACAAGCUAAAGGCAGCGAUUCACGACAUGAAACACGCUUCGAAACUCUCUUCAGAUAGCACAGAGAUACUCUUCGAAAUGUCCGAAUUGCAGUACAAAGUGACAGAGAUUCGUGAUUCUCUGAGGUUUAUAUGCAAACACAGUUCCUAAAUGACCAAGAAUGAUUGUUUCAGUACGAUUCGCGAGUGUCUCAAGCUGAACCCAGACCACAAAAAGUGUUUCGCAUCUUAUAAAUCGGUUCGGAAGAUCGUGAAGUCGCUGGGUAUGCAUCUAUGAUCUAUCUCUUCAAAUACUCGUUUAGAUUCGAUGAAAAGUGCGAUCGAGAACCAAGAAUGGUCAAAGUGUCUGGAAGUCGGAGAGAAAUUGCGAAAGUCGAACGAAGAAGACGUCGCCUUGAAAAUGAACUUGUUGCGUCUGACGUGCCAGUGCAAUCGAGAGGAGGGAAACAUCGGAGCAGCCGUGGAAGAGUGCACUCGAGUCAUCGAAUACGACGAUUCGGAUGUGGACACUCUUAUCCAGAGGGCAGAGGCCUAUAUGCUCGACGAGGAGUACGAUCUGGGUCAGUUCUUCCUCUACCAUUAUACGAUGUGCUCAUUUCUCUCAUUUUCAGCUAUAGCAGAUUUCGAAAAAGCGGCCGAAUUGGAUUCUCUGAACGAAGCCGCAAAAACGGGAACCGAACAGGCGAAGAGAGCGAAGGAACUCAUUGGCAAACGGGAUUACUACAAGAUCCUCGGAGUUCGUCGGAAUGCCAACAAAAGAGAGAUCACAAAGGCGUAUCGGAAACAGGCUCAGAAAUGGCAUCCCGAUAACUUCUCGGAUGAGAAGGAGAAAAAGAAAGCGGAGAAGAAGUUCAUCGACAUUGCGGCGGCGAAGGAAGUGCUCAGCGACGAGGAGAAACGGCGGGCGUUCGACAGCGGCAACGAUCCGUUGGACCCUCAGGAGAGCCAGCGGGGACAGAACGGCCGCGGCGGAUUCAAUCCAUUCGGCGGAGGCCGCGGGGACUUUUUCUUCCAUUUCUAG